AUGGCCCAAAACAAGAUUCUCUAUUCUGCAAAGCUCGACGAGAACAUGCAAAGAUCAGCCUACUUCGAGACAAACAAGAGAACCGUCAAAUCAAACAUCAUGCUCAUGUUUGUGACAAAGGCGAUGGAUAUCAAGCUUCGAGGUGAAGCCGAUUUCAGGACUACUCUUGAAGAUCCAAUCAAACUCUUGAAACCUAUUGAACAAUUCAUGAAGAAGAGUGCUGAUGCUGACCUAAUAAAGGUAAAGGUAAAGGUAAAGGUAAAGGUAAAGGUAAAGGCAAAGGCAAAGGCAAAGGCAAAGGCAAAGGCAAAGGCAAAGGCAAAGGCAAAGGAAAAGGAAAAGGAAAAAAGGAAAAAAGGAAAAAAGGAAAAAAGGAAAAAAGGAAAAAAAGGAAAAAAAGGAAAAAAGGAAAAAAGGAAAAAUCAGGAUCAAUAUGUUGACUAUGGGAAGAAGCUCAAUCCUAAUCAGAUUGGAGCAACUGUCCCAGCUACUGUUCCAACUAUAGUUCCUGGUGCUUCAGCAUCCACAAGUGGAGCAUCAAGUGCUACAGGAAGCAUUAACCCACCUUUUCAACUUGCUGGUACUACAGGUAAUCAAAUGAUGCAAGAUCCUUUGGGAAUGCAGCUCAUGCAGAUUCCAACUCAAGGUGGCGGCACUGUGACUGUCCCUUACUCAAUGAAUGCUAAUGGUGCGUUCAGCAGAAUGCAACACGGCCACCAAGGAUUCAGUGGUGCUCAAGUGCGCCAAGGAUUUGAUGCAACUCAAGCUCAAACUCCGCAGAUCGUGAAGACUGCCUAUUACGAUAUGUCAAAUGUCUUCCACAAUGCUAUCAAGGGAAAGGAGGAGAAUGGCAAUGAUGUCUAUCUUAUUCCCUGUCCUGCUGGUACGACAAAUGUCAAACUUCAAGCCGACUGGCACCAUGCUGGUGAAAAUGAAGAUUUGCCUGAUCUUGCUACUGAAGCAGACCGAGGUCUGCAGUUUAUUCAAAGCAGCAGAAAGAAAAGAGAUCAUUUUGGGUUGUACAAUCAUGUCAUCAUGGACAGUGGUUGUACAAACAUCACCAUUUGUAAUGGUGAGCUCAUGCAUGGACUCCGUCAUUCUUACAAGGAACUUGAUAUAUACACUAAUGUGGGCAGCAGAGUUCUUGACGAAGAAUGUUUUCUACGAAGAUUUCCGCCUCCAGUUUAUCAAAAUGAAGAUGGAAUUGUCAAUGUACUUGCUAUGCGCGAGAUGAUUGCUGCGGGAUACCGCAUUACUAUGGAUACUGAUGCUGACAAUGCUUUUAUUGUGCAUUGUGAUGGAAACAGAAAGAUGCGAUUUGUGAAUUGUAAGGGUGUGUAUGUGUUGGAGCAACUUGGAGUGAAUGUCAAACCAGGUGCCAAAGAGACAAGUGCGAUGUACUGUUGUCAGUUAAACAACUUAAAUAUUCAACCACAUUUUGAACUUUCCAAACAGAAUGGAUAUGCUGGACUCGAGAUGACCUCCAAGAUGGCAACCAUUCAAAAGAACAAGGAAGGAUUCUUUCCAAGACAAGUCAAGGCUGCGAUGGAAGCGAGAAGUGCAAUGCACAUACUCAAUGCUCCAAGCACCAAAAGUCUGAAGUAUGCAAUCUGA